AUGGUCCCGGAUCAGGUAUACCGGCUCUGCCAUCGCGACGAGACCGUGAGCUCGGAGCUGGCGAAAGAUCCCAGUCAAUCACCGGCAAAGGUCUUCCACAAGCUGUACCAUGGGCACAGAUUGAAGGAUAAGGUGGCUGCUGCAAAGACCAGGCAGGCAACUGGAGACCGUCAUGAUGGUCUGCAGAAGGCAUAUGAGUGUGGGAAAUGGGGGACCACCAGACCGAGUCAGCUAUUUCUCAAGAUAUAUCAUGACGCCCUGUGUACGCUGGAGAAGAACCCGAUGGCGGCUGUCGUCUCUCCACCGUUGAUGGGCAGCCACGGGGUGGUCCCGUUGACGAUCGUGGCUCCAUUGCCUGAUCUCUGUCGGCAUAUCGCAAACUGCAUCGUUCGAGCAGAAACUGAAGUCUUCCUGGGGACCAAUUUCUGGAUCUACUCGGAUGCAUCAACGCUCGUCACCGAUGCGUUCAGGGAGCUCUCCCGACGGGCUGGCGAGCGAGGCACCAAGGUGGUCGUGAAGGUGCUCUAUGACCGGGGGAAUGUCCAGCAGGUCUGGGACAACCACCUCAGUGUCCCUGAAAAGGUGUAUGCGGAUCCCAGUGGCAAGGUCCGCCUGCCUCCUGCGAGCGAGAUCCCCAAUAUCGACAUGCAGGUCGUCAACUACCACCGCCCCAUCUUCGGGACCUUCCAUGCCAAGUUCAUGGUCAUUGAUCGACGGGUGGCGCUGAUCCAGAGUAGCAAUGUCCAGGAUAAUGAUAACCUGGAGAUGCUGGUGCGGGUGGAAGGGCCCAUCGUGGACUCCUUCUAUGACACCGCGCUGAUCUCGUGGGGGAAGACGCUCGAUCCUCCUCUGCCCAUGCUCUCUUCGCCAGCUGCAGACGCCGCCAUCCCCAGUUUCUCGUCUCAACAGCCACAGACCGAUUCGGACAAGGAGCGUCGCCCUCUGCUGCCGGAACACACCACGCAGGACCCUCACUACGAUCCCGACAUCCAGCAAGAGGCGCAGCGUGUCAACGACACGGUCCGUCCGCGAGAGGGGGAAGCGAAGACCCGGGCAGUGACUCGUCACCUUAACACAACUAUCCAACAGGAUACCACCGGCGACGUCCCGGACAGCGAUCAGGAACCCCCAAUGAGACCCUACGUGACCCUUCCACCACACAAGACGUUCCCUAUGGCCCUCGUCAACAGAGAACCUUGGGGAGCACCCAACCACAGCAGCGUCUACACGCCGCAAAACGCCGCUUUCCUCUCCGCCCUCAAGCACGCCAAACACUCCAUCUUCAUCCAAACCCCCAACAUGAACGCCGAGCCCAUCCUCGCCGCCCUCCUCGCCGCCGUCCGCCGCGGCGUCACCGCCACCGUCUACCUCUGCCUAGGCUACAACGACGCCGGGCAGCUGCUCCCCUUCCAGAACGGCACGAACGAGAUGAUCGCCAACAGGCUCUAUCGCGCCCUGCACACGGCCGAGGAACGCGCCCGCCUGCGCAUCCACAACUACGUCGGCAAGGACCAGACAAAACCCAUCCACAACAAGUUCAAGCAGCGGAGCUGCCAUAUCAAGCUGAUGAUCGUGGACGAACAGGUGGCGAUCCAGGGCAACGGAAACCUCGACACACAGUCCUUCUAUCACAGCCAGGAGGUCAACCUCCUCCUCGACUCGCCGCUGGUGUGCCGCGCGUGGCUGGACCAAAUCAACCAGAACCAGAACACGGCGCUGUACGGCGCCGUUAGCCCCGAGGAUGGCUGCUGGCAUGACCCGGUUACUGGGAAGUUGCCGAGGGGCUCUGUUGGGGUUGAUCCCGGGCGCUUCACGAUUUGCGUACCCCCUUCGAAUCCCAGCCAAACCCCCCCCCAACAUCCACCCCCACCCAUGGCCCGCCCGUACGAGAAAUACAUAGUCGACAUCACCCACUAUGUCUUCCACUACACGAUCGACGACGAAACCGCCUGGUCCGCGGCGCGCGUGGCCCUCCUAGACGCCAUGGGCUGCGCGAUCGAGACCCUCGCCACGAGCGACGAGUGUCGCAAACUCCUUGGUCCCCCCGUGCCCGGGACUAUGGUCCCGCACGGCUUCAAGCUCCCAGGCACGGAGUAUUGUCUGGACCCGGUUAAGGGCGCAUUCGAUAUGGGUGCGCUGAUCCGGUACCUGGACCACAAUGACGCUCUAGGCGGGGCGGAAUGGGGUCAUCCGUCGGAUAAUCUCGGCGCCAUCCUACCCGUCAUGGACUGGCUGUGUCGCGCGUCGGCCGCAGGCGCAUACACGCAUACCGGCCCGCCACUGACGAUGCGCACGCUGCUCACGGCGCUGACCAAAGCAUACGAGAUCCAGGGCUGCUACCAGAUGCAGAACGCGUUCAACGCGUUCGGCAUCGACCACGUGGUGCUGGUCAAGCUCGCCUCGGCGGCUGUCGUGGCGUGGCUGCUGGGCCUCACGCAGGCGCAGACGAUGGCGACCAUAUCGCACGUCUGGAUGGACGGCCACCCGAGCCGGGUCUACCGGGCGCGGAACAGCACGAUCCCGCGGAAGGGCUGGGCGGCCGGCGACGCGGGCAUGCGCGCGGUGCAUCUCGCGCUGCUGGUGCGCGCCGGACAGCCCGGUGUGUCGGAGCCGCUGGGUUCUGCGCCGUGGGGGUUCUAUGCGCGGACGUUUGGGCCGAAGGGGUUCGAGUUGCCGAGGCCGUUUGGCGUCUGGACCGUGCGGAAUGUUCUGUUCAAGCUGAUGCCGGUCGAGGGGCAUGGGAUUGCUGCCGUGGAGGCUGCGCUCGUGCAGCUGGGUCGACUUCGCGCUGGACGCCUGGGGCCGGAGCAUGUCGCUCGGAUUGAUGUCCGUACUACCCAGGCGGCUGAUUUGAUCAUCAAUAAGACGGGGCCGCUCUAUAAUGCCGCCGAUCGCGAUCAUUGCAUUCAAUAUGUGGUUGCUCUCGCCUUCUUGAAGGGCAUGGCCCCGGAGGCUGGGGACUACCGAGACAACAGCGGCUGGGCCACAAGCGAGGACCUUGCCUCGCUGCGAGACAAGAUCGCCAUUCAGGUUGACGAGCAACUCACAAAGGAUUAUCUGGACCUAGACAAGAAGAGUGUCGGCUCCGGACUGACGGUCCACCUGCAGGACGGCUCUGUGUUGCCCGAAGUCCUGGUCGAAUAUCCCGUCGGCCACGUACGGAAUCCUGCGACAGGCCGAGGAGUCCGUGAGAAGUUCAUGACGAACAUGCAUUUAAUGUUUUCAGAAGACGAGAUAACAAAAAUCCUGGAGGCUGUGGAGAACGAUACUCUGUCGGUCAUGGAGUUUGUCGAUCUCUUUUCGAGGCGGAGCGCAACCGCCUCAAGAUUGUGA